AUGGUGUUGCUUGUGAAUGGCGAGACAGUGGAGGCCGCGGGCCUAUUGGAACACCCCCGCCUGCGAGCCGCCUCUCUGCUGUUCCUUGCGCAGCCUGCUGCCCUGCCGGCCGAUGCCAUCAUUCUCUAUGCGUGUCAGGGAGAGGAGGCGACAGCUGAAAGCAGCCCGGAGGCGCAGGACGCCGACAGGCCAGGCAGCUCGGCGGUGGCGGGAGCGGCGGCGGCGGCAGCUGGCGGAGCCGAGCCACCGCUGGUCCUCAGCUCCAGCGACGCAACAACCUGCCUGAUAGCCGCCCUUGUGUCCUCGUCAGAAAAUACCGACGGAGGAGGAGUUGCUGCCCGCAUCGUGCAUCAUGAUGAGAGCACCACGCUCAGCCCGGCAGCGCUGCGGCAGACAGUGGCGGGGCUGGGCCCGCGUGCCAAGCUGUGGCUGGCAGGCGCCUAUGCCGACGCCGGCGGCGUGGGGGCCCGCGUGUCCAGCCAGCUGCUGGGAUUUCUGCAGCACUGCGAGGCGGCCCUAGAUGUGCGGCUGUGCUGCGUGGGCACCCACAACACCGCGCCAGACGGCUCACCCCGCUGCACAGCCCUGGCUCUCGACCUCGCCACCCUGGCGGCCUGCCCAGCAGCGCCGCCACCAGACCAGCGCGGCCCGCUGCUGCCGGCCCGCAUGGCGCAGUGGGCCUGCGCCGCCGGCAGCGCUGCUGUUGGAGCAGGCGGCUGCGGCUCGCUGCGGAGCAUCCGCUUCUCGCCGCCGCCGCGACAGCUGCGCAUGGAGCUGCGGCACGGCCGGCCGGCGCCGCACUUGCUUCGCCAAGCAGCCUGGCUGCUCUCCCUGGAUGACCAGCAGCUGCUGGAGCACUGGUCUACUAGCCCGCAGCACGAGCCGCCACACUUUCCCGCAGGUGCGCCGUUGGCCGAGAAACGGGCGGGCUGUGUGCAGUAG